CAUGCUGGGUGAAGAUCCGCCAGAUAAUGUGAAGCUCCGACAGGCCGGCAGCGGGGUUCGCAGGCUGUGGGACGUGGAGUUGGUGAUCGAGGAGGGCCACAUGUACCUGUGCCAUGGCUGGGAGAAAUUCUACAGUGCCUACGACCUACGGACCGGGUACUUUCUUCUCUUCAGGUACGACGAUGACGCCACAAUGCUCAUCGUGAAGGUUUUCAACACGACUAUGUGUCGCAUGCGCUACGCUGACGACGAAGAUGCCAGCAAUGGGAGCAGCAGCAGCGACACUGGCUACAGCCAAAGCAGUUAUGAUUCAACCGCGAAGGACGACGGGACGAUGAAGCCCGAGGCAUGGCUUUACCGGACGGGCCUGGCCUAA